UCUCUCUUGUGCAGCAUCGUGCAGCCAGGUUCCGUGUCUUGUCCGUGCAGCACGUCGGCGGGUGUAAUGCAGCGCUGACGGGACAGAAAUAGACCUGGGAAAUAAGCGCGGAUUAAUCGAGUUUAGCGCGUAAAGCGGUGCUCGGUUUAGGUUUGAAAACCUGAGCAAACAUGAGCGACAAGGGGACAGUCUCACCGAAAGACAAGGAGGCGACAGAGAAGAGAGGGCGUGGAAGACCCCGCAAGACGCCCGAGGCCAAGGUCUCCGACGAACCCAGUGGAUCCCCGACUCCAAAGAGGCCCAGAGGGCGGCCGAAGGGCAGCAAGAACAAGGCAUCGGGCAAGGGCAAAAGGGCAACAGCAGCCCCAUCUGCAGGGGGGAAACGCAGGGGAAGACCUAAGAAGGAGGUGAAGGAAGAAAAGGCAGAGUCAUCCGAGGAGGAAGAGGAGGAAGAGGACCAGUAAUUCAGCGCAUGCUACCUCACUCAACAUACUGACUUACUGUUAACCAGAAGUGGGCUGUAUCUCCAACACCAGUGCCACCACAUGACCACUGUUCACGACAAAGCCCCCCUUAACCAAAGGCGGGUCAACACAGUACAUUUAUCAUGCAGCAGCACUGGAUAGAAAGGACUUGUUCAAACAUAGUUUUAAGAAUAACAUGAAUGAUAAUGGCCCUUUUCUCUACAUGUCAUGUAUCAAAAGUCUCUUAUACUGGACAAAGUGUGCUCUGCGGAGUCUGGACAUGGUUUUUUUUUUUCUUUCUUCCCCUCCCCUAAAUGGUUUUUAGGAUACUUUCUCUGCUUAAUGUUAUUAGUUGUACCUGCAUCUGAGAUGGUGGGGCAUCCUCUUUUUUUUUUUUUUUUUUUUACUGGACAAAGGUGAAUUUUACCCAUUUGCUAUAUAUUUUUUCUGUUUUGUUCGAGUGGUUAACGUGUCCUUUGCGUCAUAUCAUAGAUGGAGUUGAGCUUCAGUGUUUAGGAUGGGGUGACUGAUGGUAGAAAUGUCUGUUCCAUGUCUGGUGGCCCGGAUCGUGACGUCUACACCCACGUUUUUUUUCUGUUUUAAGGACAGUUUAGGUUCAGCGAUGGCUCUCAGUCCCCGGUGCAGUGUGGAGAUGGUAGUGUACUGUUGGACAUCAGAAUCUUCUGAUCGGAUGGUUUUUGUUCCUCAAAAUCGCAUCUUUAUUUUUUAAGUGUGCUGCUUUUUCCUAUAACUCGAUUCUCUUCGGUAUGUGUUUUUAAAGGAGUGUUGGCAGAGUUCUAGCCUGAAAGUCAUCAGUGUCAUUUCUUCAGGGAGCUUUUACGAAUGCUGUUACAUUGGCUUCUUUGUCUUCACUCGGUCCUGUAUUUUUUUCUAAAUACUCAAUCACUUAAGGCAAACCGCAAUUAGUCAAACAAGAAGUUCGAUUGUAGUAGUGGAUAGUUGGUGGCACUGCUAUCCGACAGGGCUGUACUUGUGUGUGUGUGUGUGUGCGUGCGUGCCCGUAUGUGUGUAUAUAUUUCUCUCCCUCCAUUCCAUUGGACUCUCACUGCUUCACCCAACGUCGUCAGUCUCGUCACUUCAUAGCACCGUUCUAAACUUUUCUUAGUCCUCUUAAGAUUUGUCGUAUGCCGUCUGCUACAGAAACAAAAAUGCUCGUGUCUUCAAAGUGUCAGGGAACCCGCAGUCACAGUCCACUUAACUGGGUUUUUCCACAAACCUAAGCUGCUACAACCUCAGUUACAGAACCCGGAAAACUGCAAACAGGCCACACAAAGCCUGGGACUUCAUACCUCACUCAACAGCUUACUUUACCAUAUGAUUGCAUUUAACUAGUUGUGUCCGUCUGUCUUUUUUUUUUUGUGGUGUAACUUUUUGGCAUGAGUUGAAAUUGUUAUGACUUUCUUUUUCCUCUUAACCCAACUGUAACAAGGUAUCUGAAGAUGUUGAGUGUGAUUGCGUGCAUACGCUUUUUUUUUUUUUUGGGCUCGUUCAUAAUCGCAGCUUGCAGACAGGUUUUUUUUUUUUUGUAAUGUGUGAAGAAAGUCAGGGAGACCUGUCAGCUUGACGACUGUGUUCGAUGACUGUGGUAGAUUAGCAAGUGUGUUUUUAUCCUUUUUAAAAAGAAAAAAAAAAAUAUCCUCUGGUGCACUGAAAUGUUGGUUCAAAGUUUUUUUCUUUUCAUGGACAAGUGUGUGUUUGUGUGUGUGUGCGUGUGUGCAGACUGGGCGCUCCUCUCACUGUUCUGUUGGCUGCCAUUCGUCUGGCAUUACCACCACCCCCAGCCACCCGUGACAUUCUCAUUAUCAUCAGUUCGUUUUUGUUUGUUUCUUUUGUCCUUUUCAAUCCUUUCAACUACUCAGUAUCAUUUUACAUAGAAACAACAUGCAUCUAUUGAUUUAUAUACUGUAAACUCAAUAGGAUGGGAUUUUUUUUUUUUGAUGUACACAUAUAUAAAUGUACAAUGUCUAUAUUUCUAUGGUGCCCUACAAUUUGUAUCGGAAAUGGUCAAUAAAGAGAAUUUUUCUUUGUCU